AAAAUCAAUGAAGAUGGUGGUGAGCAUCAUGAAAGUGUCUGGACCAACUGGGACCAAAACUCCUGCACCUGCACCAAACUCUGUUUCAGAUAAACUACUACGGCCUCAAUCUGUUGGGAGCCAGAGGUUAGAAAAGCCACAGAUCAUCUCAAAUCCCAUUUCAAUCUUGAUGCAGCCAGUAGUUGAGAAUGAAGCUUCAAUCUCCAUUCAUCGAGUGGAAUAUGAAAGUGAUGAAAUGUUUACUGACUACAUCAGGAGGGUACGUGAGAAGCGCCAAAAUGGUUUUCUCGAUGCAUCAAAAUUUCCACCUUACAUAAGGAAGUGAAGGGAAAUAACUGUCUUCAUCUCUGUUUCAUUUUCACCCCUAUACCAUAUUUCAAUUUCUACCUUUUAUAUGUAAUUCAACACACUAGCUGCUAUAUGGAAUAAGAUAAUCCAAUUUGC